UUCGAAAUUUAAUAUAUUAUUAUUUUUAAUAUCAAAAAUAUAUAUAUUAAAAUGUCGAGAGAGUCCGGUAGAAGGUCCGUGGAUAUGGGCGCCGUGAACCGAAGUUUGAGGAAAGGCAAAGCUAAAGCCACCUCCGACUGUUCGACCUCACACGGUUCUCGAGGAAGACACCCCGUCUCUUCCUUUCAUACUAUCCCCGAUCAAUUCAUCGGGGAUGGUAUGACGGAUGAAGAAUUCGACCAAAUUUACUCUGGUAAAGGGGACGCGAAUCUCCCCACUCUUGAUAGUCUAUUUGAGGAUGUUCAUGAAGCAGAACUGGAUAAUCUGGACGGGGACAAGGAGCUUACACCGCACAACAACGACGUCGACGUGGAGGCAGGAGUGCCAUGCGAUUAUGACGAGGACGACGUGGAGUUUGACAUCCUCGGAUGGUGGAAGCGGAACGAACACAUGUUCCCAUGUCUUGGAAAGCUAGCAAGACAAGUGUUGUCCAUCCCGGUAUCAACCGUAGCUGUGGAGCGAGAAUUCAGUGCUGGCGGCAACAUUCUAAACGACUUUCGAAGUUGUCUUAACGGUGAAUCUCUUGAAACACUUGUUUGCAACCAAGAUUGGCUCUUGGCAAGACGUCGAGCUCAAGAGUCGGGGUACGAAUUCAAUUCAGAGCAUUACAUGAAUGCAAUCACAGAUGGAAGUCCGAGUUCUGAGGAAUAAGUUAUAAACUUUUUUUUAUGUUAAUGUAAAUAUGUAAUUAGUUUUUUUUAGGUGAGCGAUAUAUAAGCUCCUUCGAGGGUUUCUUUACAGUUCUUUACCUCGUUGCUUUUUUUGAACCGUUAGAAUAUUAAAUGUAGUUGUUCUACAGUUCGUGUAUUACUCAUUUUACAAUAUUUAAAUAAUAACUACAUUUUUAG